AUGCUAAAGCAAGAAUUUAAAGAUCCAGGACAAGAGUUUCAUUUUAGGGAAAUCCAUGGAAAAAAUUCCCGUGGAAUCAUAGAGAUUCUGGCUGCCAGUAAUUAUGUUCAAACAGGUGAUAUUUGUGAUCCCAAUCCAUGUGAAAAUGGCGGUGUUUGUUUGCCAGGAUUGUCUGACAAUUCCUUUUCCUGUGAGUGUCCAGAUGGCUUCACAGAUCCCAACUGUUCUAGUGUUGUGGAGGUUGCAUCAGAUGAAGAAGAGCCAACGUCAGCAGGUCCCUGCAUUCCUAACCCAUGCCAUAAUGGAGGAACCUGCGAAAUCAGUGAGGCUUACCGAGGGGACACGUUCAUAGGUUAUGUUUGUAAAUGUCCUCGAGGAUUUAAUGGGAUUCACUGUCAGCACAACAUAAAUGAAUGUGAAGCAGAGCCAUGCAAAAAUGGUGGAAUAUGUACAGACCUUGUUGCUAACUAUUCCUGUGAGUGCCCAGGUGAAUUCAUGGGAAGAAAUUGUCAAUACAAAUGCUCAGGCCCAUUGGGAAUCGAAGGUGGAAUCAUAUCAAAUCAGCAAAUCACAGCUUCCUCUACCCACCGAGCUCUUUUUGGACUCCAGAAAUGGUAUCCCUACUAUGCACGUCUCAAUAAGAAGGGGCUUAUAAAUGCAUGGACAGCUGCAGAAAAUGACAGAUGGCCAUGGAUUCAGAUAAAUUUACAAAGAAAAAUGAGAGUUACGGGUGUUAUUACCCAAGGAGCCAAGAGGAUUGGAAGUCCAGAGUAUAUAAAAUCCUACAAAAUUGCCUAUAGUAAUGAUGGAAAAACUUGGGUGAUGUACAAAGUAAAAGGCACUAAUGAAGAUAUGGUGUUUCGUGGAAAUGUUGAUAACAACACACCCUAUGCUAACUCUUUCACACCUCCCAUAAAAGCUCAGUAUGUAAGACUCUAUCCCCAAGUUUGUAGAAGACAUUGCACUUUGAGAAUGGAACUUCUUGGAUGUGAACUAUCCGGCUGUUCAGAGCCUCUGGGGAUGAAAUCAGGACACAUACAAGACUAUCAGAUCACCGCCUCCAGCAUCUUCAGGACUCUCAACAUGGACAUGUUCACCUGGGAACCAAGGAAAGCUCGGCUGGACAAACAGGGCAAAGUGAAUGCCUGGACCUCUGGCCACAAUGACCAGUCGCAAUGGUUACAGGUGGACCUUCUGGUCCCUACCAAAGUAACUGGCAUCAUUACACAAGGAGCUAAAGAUUUUGGUCAUGUACAGUUCGUAGGUUCUUACAAACUAGCAUACAGCAAUGAUGGAGAACACUGGACUGUAUACCAGGAUGAAAAGCAAAGAAAAGAUAAGGUUUUCCAGGGCAAUUUUGACAAUGAUACGCACAGGAAAAAUGUCAUCGACCCUCCCAUCUAUGCACGGCACAUAAGAAUCCUUCCUUGGUCCUGGUAUGGAAGGAUCACACUGCGGUCGGAGCUGCUGGGCUGCACAGAGGAGGAGUGA